AUGCUCAACAACUGUUGUCUAAAUUUAAAUGGGGUCGUGAGUUCUUCUCCGUUAAUGGGACUUUUGCGCUUGAACAUUAAAUCUAGCGAUUUACUUAAUAAAUAUGCCGCGUGUGAAAAUUCUAGUGAGGUCGUAAGAGUUCAGAAUGAAUGGAUAAAAGAUAUCGAAGAAGAAUACGUCCAAGCACGUGAAAAUAAUGUUGAUUUGUUAGUAAGAAAUCCAAAUCAUACGUUUUUGGAUGAUAAUGAUUCGGAUUCGGAUAAUAGUUCAGUAAAAAGUUUGGAUCAGCCAAUAGUAGAUGAUCUAAGUGAAAACUCCGAAUUGAAGAUUACAAAAGAAUAG